UUGCCAGUUUGAAAAACGUGGGGGCGGAGGUGGCGACUUUUUUAAGAAAGGCACUGUACAUUUUGCCCUCUUGUGUUUAUUAUAUUUACGUAUUGGAAUGGACUACCGGAACCAGACUCCGCCUCUUAAUUUAAACUCAUCGUUUCUGUCAUUCAUUCCCAAAAACCUUUAGCUCUAACCAUUAGAAAAAAGAAGAAGAAGAAAAAGAAUAAGCACACUCUGAUUUCAAGAAAUCCACAGCUAAAAGCAUAUCACAGGGAAGCAAAGAAAAUGGCGUCUGGUAGUGGUGUUGUUGGAUUUGUUGGCUUGGAUGAGUUGAGCUUGGAAAUGGCGGCUUCUCUUCUCCAUUCUGGUUACAGAGUUCAGGCUUUUGAGAUAGAGGGAGCUUUGCUGGAUGAUUUUUCAAGUAUUGGGGGUAACAAAUGUACCAGUCCUAGUGAAGUAGGGAAAGAUGUAACAGCUUUGGUUGUGUUAAUAUCUCAUGUGGAUCAAAUCAAUGACGUAAUAUUUGGUCAACAGGGUGCUUUAAAAGGGUUCCAGAAAGGGGCUACUAUCAUCAUACGCUCAACUAUUUUGCCAUCACAUGUCCAAAAUUUACAGAAACGUCUUAUAGAGGAUGGUGUGAUAGCUUAUUUAGUAGAUGCAUAUGUCUCCAGGGGAAUGUCUGAGGAUUUAAAUGGACAAAUUAUGAUUAGUUCCUCAGGAACAUCUGAAGCCAUUGCAAAGGCACAGCCUAUUCUCUCUGCAAUGUCUGAAAAGCUUUACAUUUUUGAAGGUGAAAUUGGUGCUGCAAGUAAAAUUAAAAUGGUGAAUGAGUUGCUUGAGGGCAUUCAUCUUGUUGCUUCAGUGGAAGCUAUCUCUCUUGGUGCUAAAGCAGCAAUUCAUCCAUGGAUAGUCUAUGACAUCAUUUCCAAUGCUGCUGGAAACUCAUGGGUUUUCAAGUAUCUUGUACCUCAGUUAUUAAGAGGUGAUACCAAGCCACAUUCCCUCGGUAUUUUGGUUCAUAAUUUGGGUAUUGUUUUGGACAUGGCUAAAUCUCUUACGUUUCCUCUUCCACUUUUAGCUGUUGCUCACCAACAGCUGAUUCUUGGUUCUACAUAUGUUCAUGGAGAUAAUAAUGAUAUCACAUUGAUUAAGGUUUGGGAAAAAAUACUUCAAGUAAAUAUUCAAGAUGCAGCUAAUGCAGAGCCCUACAGCCCUGAGCAAUUGGCACAUGAAAUUACUGCUAAAUAUGCUUCUGCGAAGCGAAUUGGUUUUAUCGGUCUUGGAGCAAUGGGAUUUGGCAUGGCAACGCACCUGCUGAAGUCAAAUUUCUGUGUCCUUGGUUAUGAUGUCUAUAAACCAACACUAAAUCGAUUUGCAAAUGCUGGUGGCUUGAUUGGCAACUCUCCAGCUGAAGUAUCCAAAGAUGUUGAUGUGCUUGUAGUCAUGGUUACAAAUGAAGCUCAAGCAGAGAGUGUCUUGUAUGGAGAUCAGGGAGCAAUUGAAGCACUUUCACCAGGAUCAGCUGUCAUCCUUUCAUCUACUGUAUCUCCUGGGUUCGUAAUCCAACUAGAGCGACGAUUGCAAAAUGAAGGCAAGGAUUUGAAAUUGGUGGAUGCUCCUGUUUCUGGUGGUGUUAAGAGGGCUUCUGAUGGAACACUUACGAUAAUGGCUUCUGGUGCUGAUGAAGCUCUUAUUUGUACUGGUGCAGUCCUUGCUGCACUAAGUGAGAAGCUCUAUAUUAUUAAGGGAGGUUGUGGAGCUGGAAGUGGUGUGAAGAUGGUUAAUCAGUUGCUUGCUGGAGUUCAUAUAGCUUCAGCAGCCGAGGCAAUGGCAUUUGGAGCUCGAUUAGGUCUUAAUACAAGGACGUUAUUUAACUUCAUAGCGAAUAGUGGGGGAACAUCCUGGAUGUUUGAGAAUCGUGUUCCACAUAUGUUGGACAAUGACUACACCCCAUAUUCUGCACUUGAUAUCUUCGUGAAGGAUCUGGGCAUUGUUUCUCGCGAAUGCUCAUAUCAUAAAGUUCCGCUUCAUAUUUCAACUGUUGCGCACCAACUGUUCCUAGCAGGUUCUGCUGCUGGUUGGGGUCGGCAAGAUGACGCAGGUGUAGUUAAGGUAUAUGAGACACUCACAGGUGUCAGAGUUGAAGGAAAACUUCCCAUUCUUAAGAAAGAAACUGUCUUGCAAUCUCUUCCAUCUGAGUGGCCCCUGGAUCUCAUUGAUGAUAUCCAUAGACUAAAUCAGAGUAAUUCAAAAACACUGGUCGUCCUGGAUGAUGACCCAACUGGAACUCAAACUGUUCACGAUAUUGAAGUAUUGACAGAAUGGAGUGUUGAGUCUCUAGUUGAUCAGCUGAGGAAAAAGUCUACGUGCUUUUUUAUUCUGACUAACUCCAGGUCAUUGAGUUCUGAGAAGGCCAGUGCACUGAUAGGAGAUAUCUGCAGAAACCUAAGUGAUGCAGCUAGAUCAGUUGAGAAUGUUGACUAUACCGUAGUUUUGAGAGGUGAUUCAACAUUGCGAGGUCAUUUUCCAGAGGAAGCAGAUGCAGCUGUUUCAGUACUUGGUGAGAUGGAUGCAUGGAUCAUUUGCCCCUUUUUCCUUCAAGGAGGCCGUUACACUAUUGAAGAUGUACACUAUGUUGCAGACUCUGAUCGGCUUUUCCCUGCAGGAGACACAGAGUUUGCUAAAGAUGCUGCUUUUGGCUAUAAAUCCUCCAACCUGCGAGAGUGGGUCGAAGAAAAAACUAAAGGCCGUAUUCCAGCUAAUAGUGUUACAUCUAUAUCUAUACAACUUCUAAGGAAAGGUGGACCAAAUGCUGUUUGUGAGCUUCUUUGUGGCUUGAAGAAGGGGUCAACAUGUAUAGUGAAUGCUGCAAGUGAAAGAGACAUGGCUGUAUUUGCAGCUGGCAUGAUCCAGGCUGAAUUGAAUGGGAAAUCAUUCUUAUGCCGAACAGCUGCUAGUUUUGUUUCUGCUCGAAUUGGUAUUGUUCCAAAAGCUCCAAUACUUCCCAAGGAUCUAGGAAUAAACAAAGACAGGAGAGGUGGACUAAUAGUUGUGGGAUCUUAUGUUCCAAAAACAACAAAGCAGGUUGAAGAACUUAAAAUACAAUGUGGUGGGAUAUUAAAAAUCAUUGAGGUUUCUGUUGAUAAACUUGCGAUGAAGUCUCCAUUAGAGAGGGAGGAGGAAAUUAAUAGAGCAGUUGAGAUGGCAGAUUUUUGCCUUACGGCUGGCAAAGACACAUUAGUAAUGACAAGUCGUCAACUCAUCACUGGAAAAACUCCUUCUGAAAGUUUGGAAAUCAAUUUUAAAGUGAGCUCUGCACUAGUGGAAAUUGUGCGUCAGAUAUCAACAAGACCUCGAUACAUCCUAGCAAAGGGUGGAAUCACGUCAUCAGACCUUGCUACAAAAGCUCUAAAAGCAAAAUGUGCCAAAGUAGCAGGACAAGCUCUGGCUGGUGUUCCCUUGUGGCUGCUAGGUCCUGAAAGUAGGCAUCCAGAAGUUCCAUACAUUGUUUUCCCAGGUAAUGUUGGCGACAGUAAAGCAUUGGCAGAAGUAGUGAAAUCUUGGGCCCGUCCUUCUAAACUUUCGUCGACAAAAGAGCUCCUUCUAAAUGCAGAAAAUGGUAAAUAUGCUGUUGGAGCAUUUAAUGUUUAUAAUUUGGAAGGAGCUGAAGCUGUUGUUGCUGCUGCAGAAGAAGAAAAAAGUCCUGCUAUUUUACAGAUACAUCCUAGUGCUUUGAAGCAAGGAGGAAUUCCCUUGGUUGCUUGUUGUGUCUCAGCUGCUGAACAGGCCAAUGUUCCUAUUACUGUUCACUUUGAUCAUGGGACUUCAAAGCAGGAACUUGUGGAAGCUCUUGACUUGGGAUUUGAUUCGGUGAUGGUAGAUGGUUCACAUCUUCCUCUCAAGGAUAACAUGUCAUACACAAAAUUUAUAUCCUCCUUGGCCCACUCAAAAAAUAUGCUUGUUGAAGCAGAACUAGGAAGGUUGUCAGGAACAGAAGAUGAUUUGACUGUUGAAGAUUAUGAAGCAAGACUGACUGACGUCAGUCAGGCUGAAGAUUUCAUUGAUGAGACUGGUAUAGAUGCUUUAGCAGUGUGCAUUGGAAAUGUACAUGGAAAGUACCCUGCCAGUGGCCCAAAUCUCAGGCUUGAUUUGCUCAAGGAUCUGCAUGCCUUGAGUUCAAAGAAAGGCGUUUUUCUGGUGCUGCAUGGAGCUUCUGGCGUACCCAAGGAGCUUGUCAAGGCUUGUAUAGAGCAUGGUGUGAGGAAGUUUAAUGUGAACACUGAAGUGCGCAAGGCUUACAUGGACGCGCUGAGCAACCCGAAGAAAGAUCUGGUUCGUGUUAUGGCUUCUGCAAAAGAAGCAAUGAAGGCUGUGAUUGCAGAAAAGAUGCAUUUGUUUGGUUCAGCUGGAAAAGCUUGAUUUCCCCCACUUUUUACAAGGAGUCCUAAUCUACAAAUAAUUGCCUGUGCCCCCAUUCAUGGUUCCAUGGUACUCCAUGAAGAUUUAUUUGAAUUAUGAACAACAUUUUUAUGCAAAUAUUGCAUAUGCAUGUGUGUUUAUACUGUAAGACUUAUUGAUGAUGCCUAAUAAAGAAAUAUUUCAGAUUUC